GGGGAGGGGAGGAAUAGGGGGAGGAGGAAAGAGCUGCUAUAACCACCCAGAGCAUGGGUCAAAAAGUCCCAGGUGGCAUAAAAACCAUCGACAUGCGGGAUCCAGCAUUCAGCCCUCUGAAGCUGGAGCUUCAGGCCCUGAGUCACACCAAGCCGUCUCGACUAGACCUGCUGCUGGACAUGCCACCUGCCGGAUUGGACAUGCAGGUCCAGCACUCGUGGAACAACGACGACCGCUCGCUCAACAUCUUUGUCAAGGACGACAACAAGCUGGUGUUUCACAGGCACCCUGUGGCGCAAAGCACAGACGCCAUCCGCGGCCGCGUUGGCUACACGAGGGGCCUGCAUGUGUGGGAGAUCAGCUGGGCGAUGCGUCAGAGGGGCACGCAUGCUGUGGUUGGAGUGGCCACUAGUGACUCCCCUCUCCACUCGGUGGGCUACACCGCGUUGGUGGGGAGCAACGCAGAAUCAUGGGGCUGGGACCUGUGUAGGAGUAAACUGUACCACGAUGGCAAGAAUUACCCGGGGAAAAGCUACCCGGCCUUCCUUGAGCCAGACGACACCUUCAUCAUACCCGAUUCUCUCUUAGUGGUCUUGGACAUGGACGAGGGAACUCUGGGUUACAUAGUGGAUGGACAUUAUUUAGGAGUGGCGUUUAGAGGACUAAAAGGCAGGAAGCUGUACCCAGUGGUGAGCGCUGUGUGGGGACACUGUGAGAUACGAAUCCGGUACAUAAAUGGACUUGAUCCUGAACCCCUUUCUCUGAUGGAUCUAUGUCGGCGCUCAGUGAGGGUGGCAUUAGGAAGAGACCGUUUGAGUGAAAUCCAUAGACUGCCUCUACCUGUCUCUCUCAAGAACUAUCUACUCUACCAAUGACGGUGCUGCCGGUCUCAUGCACAGAGACACACACACUCAGCACACCCUUGUCUAUUUCUCUUUUUUCUCUGGGAUCCUUCUUGGGUUGAACCUGUUCGACAACAUUGCUCGAGCCUCCAGGACUGACUCAGCCUUCAACAAGUAUGCUUCUGUAUCAGAGUUUUUCUGUUUUUAUGACUCUUUGCAAUUGUACUCUCUAACUUUAUUAAAUCAGGAAUCACUGAGCACUAUGCACAUGCUGAUCUAGACGAUGCCCUGACAGUCACCAACUUGGUGAACCUUCAGUUUGUAAGCUUAUGUGGCGUAACUAUGUGGUCGGCAUCUCUGCUGUGAGCUCCAGACUUUAUUAUUAUGAAAAGCCUUUUAAAUGUAAACGUUAUUGGCUGUGCUUUAAAUGAAAUAGGGUGGUACAAAUGAAACUUUGAAUGUUGGUGCAGAAGUCCACUUCCAGCAUCUGACCACAAGGUGGCAGCACAUGCACAUGUCAGGCAGAAUGUCCUCUUAAAUAGAGAAUUAUGGACAUGGAAUCCUUGUUGCUUUUAAAAUCUGGUUUUUAAAUGGAUAGUAAUUUAAAACAAAACUGAUGUUCACACAUCACAGGAAAGAGAUGCUGACCACUCAAUAGUGAGUCUGUAGUGCAGUGUGGAUGAUUGCACUGUGAGGAAGCUGCCCCGACCAUUCACUGCGCUAUCAGGUUUCACUGUGACACGACGUGUGCCCUAUUGCUUACCUGCAAGGUAUCGGACGGGAACAUCAUCAGCCGAAACUUCAACGCAAGGAUAAUGUCACUGUGAUUAUUUGUAGCAUGCAUCUGCUGGAAAUCUUUCUCAAUACAAUCAUUUAGUCUUUUUUUUUUUUAAUCUUUUGUUACUCCUGCUUUUUGUUGUGCAGUACAGUAGUUUUCAACCACUGCUGUCAGGGCCCAAGAAUGCUGUUUUUCCUUUACACUAUUAUUCAACUAGUUUCUACAUCAGCUGAUUUCACUGGUAUGCACAUAUUCAGCCAGAGAACAGAAACUAACUUGUGAAGGUGUGUCAAAUUUUGAAUGAAAACCAGCUACUCUUGGGUAUUACUGGCACAUAGCUAAGAACCAUUGAUGUUUUGUUUAUGUUUUAAGACAUGUAAAUGGGGGUAAAAAAAAAGGUUCAGGUAUUGAUAGUACAAACAAUAAUGUUCCUUUAUCCGCAAACUUCUAACUUAAGACACCAUAACAUCAAAAGACAAUCCACAAGGUGCUGCAUAAAUGUAAUGAAAGAAGUUAUGAUUGCCAACGUAUUGUCCAAUGCCAUGUCAUAGACCUGUUGACUCUAGUAUUUUUUUAAAGUGCAGAUGUGGUCCUUCCUCAGCGCUAAGCUGAUGUUGGCUCACUCUGCCACAUCUUUUCUUUUCCUUUCCUUGCUUGCAUAUUCCAUUUUAUUUGUACUCCUUGAUGUAGAUUUGUUUGUAUGUAUCUAUUAAAGUUUAUUUCAAAGUA